AGUCCCGAAAAGGGGCACUUUCCAGCAGCUGCGGCCAGCGGUGCCGACGUCAGGCCCUCCCCCAGAGGUGCUGACGUCGGCGGCCGGGCCGGGUGACCUCAUCGCCCCGACGGCAGCCGGGCUGGGGGCGGGGAGAGGCGGGGGUGGCCCGGGCGCAGGCAAAGGCGCGGGGGUCUGGGCGCGGCUGCUGCAGCUCUCGCCGGAGCCGAGCCGAGCCGAGCCGAGCGCCCGCCGCUGCCCUCUGCCCGCUGCGUGCGCCUCCGCGCCAUGGCCGGCCUCAACUCCCUGGAGGCGGUGAAACGCAAGAUCCAGGCCCUGCAGCAGCAGGCGGAUGAGGCGGAGGACCGCGCACAGGGCCUGCAGCGGGAGCUAGACGGCGAGCGCGAGCGGCGCGAGAAAGCUGAAGGUGAUGUGGCAGCUCUCAAUCGACGCAUCCAGCUAGUUGAGGAGGAGUUAGACCGGGCUCAAGAACGUCUGGCCACAGCCCUCCAGAAGCUGGAGGAGGCAGAAAAAGCUGCAGAUGAGAGCGAGAGAGGAAUGAAGGUGAUAGAAAACCGGGCCAUGAAAGAUGAGGAAAAGAUGGAGAUUCAGGAGAUGCAGCUCAAAGAGGCCAAGCACAUCGCUGAAGAGGCUGACCGCAAAUACGAGGAGGUAGCUCGUAAGUUGGUCAUCCUGGAAGGUGAGCUGGAAAGGGCAGAAGAACGUGCAGAGGUGUCUGAACUAAAAUGUGGUGACCUAGAAGAAGAACUCAGGAAUGUCACUAACAAUCUGAAAUCACUCGAGGCUGCAUCUGAAAAGUAUUCUGAAAAGGAGGACAAAUAUGAAGAAGAAAUUAAACUUCUUUCUGAUAAACUGAAAGAGGCUGAGACCCGUGCUGAAUUUGCAGAGAGAACAGUUGCGAAACUGGAAAAGACAAUUGAUGACCUGGAAGAAAAACUUGCCCAGGCCAAAGAAGAGAACGUGGGCUUACAUCAGACACUGGAUCAGACACUAAACGAACUUAACUGUAUAUAACCAAACAGAAGUCUUGUUUCAACUGAACUCCAGAGCUCCAUGUCUCUUCUCUUGUAAGAAGUUUCUUUUGUUAUUGCAUCUUCACUUGCUGGAAAUGUCAAGCAAAUUAUGAAUACAUGACCAAAUAUUUUGUAUCAGAGAAGCUUUGAGCACCAGUUAAAUCUUAUUCCUUCCUUUUUUUCAAAUGGCACCAGCUUUUUCGGCUCAUAUUUUUUUAUUUUCCUUAAUUGCGUUUAUUACUAAGGUAGGCAGGGUAUUUCAUACUGAGCAUACUCUCUUUAAGACUGAGGGCAUUUGGUUCUAGGAAGAAUAGCCCCACACUUUCAAGAACACAGAAUCCAAUUUCUACUCAUAGAUCAAUUUAAAACACUGAAGA